AUGGACAAGGAAGUUGUAGCCCUCUUUGAGAGGGCAAAGAAAGCGGCGGACGCCGCUGCCGCCGGUGAAGUCGGAGUUGAUUCCUCGGGCGCGGAGAACCUGUGUAUGGAUGCUCUCAAGCGGCUCAAGGGCUUUCCAAUUAAUUAUGAUAUUCUAGCCUCAACCCAAGUCGGAAAACGUCUCCGGCAACUGACUAAGCAUCCAAGAAAGAAGAUUCAGUCUUUAUCUUCUGAUGUUCUUGAGUUGUGGAAAGCCACCAUUGCCAAACAAACAGUACACAACAAAAACCAGGGUUCCCUUUCUCUUAAAAGGAAACGUCCCAGUGGAGAUUCUGAUGAAGAUUCCGGCAAAGAAAAGAAGGUUCAAAGCGUAAAAUCCAUCAAAUUAGCCGAUGAUUCUGAUAAGAAGACAAAUUCUUCAGGGCAUGUCAGAGUUAAACUUAUAAAGAUGGAAGACAAAUUCUACUCUGGUACAAAGAAACCAGAUCUAUUUUCAUCAGUAGCUCCACCAAAGCUGACUUCUCUACCAUCAACCAAGGUCAAAAACAGAGACAAAAUCAGGGAGCUUCUAGCAGAGGGAUUGAGCAAAGUAGCCGGCGAAGUUUCUGACGACGAUGACGGACUUAAGGUGGAAGUAGAUUCAUAUGAUCCUCUUCGUGUGGCUACUGAGGUUGAAUCAGCGUUGUUUUCCAAAUGGGGUUUAUUUAACGGGCCUAAGAAAGCGGGGUAUAGGUCGGUGAUGUUCAAUAUCAAGGACCCGAAAAACAGGGAUUUUCGCCGGAAAGUCCUUCUGGGACGGUUUCCUCCGACGUGCAUCGCCGACUUGAGCCCUGAGGAAAUGGCAAGUGAUGAGAGGAGAAAGCAGAACGAGGAGAUUAAGGAGAAAGCUUUGUUUAACAGCGAACGAGGAGCUCCGGAGAAGGCGACUAACGGCGCGUUCCAAUGCGGCAAAUGCAAGAAAAGAGAGACUACUUAUUACCAGUUGCAGACUCGAAGUGCCGAUGAGCCAAUGACUACUUUUGUAACCUGUACUAACUGCAACAACCGCUGGAGAUGUUAG